GAGGACAGGAGGCGGGCAGGCAGAGCAGCUGCAGCCAAUCCAGGGCAAGGCCCAGGGACAGGAAGGGCUAACCUGCCGCUUGCCCUGCCUCCUUCCUAGCUUACCUGGGGCCGGUAAACAGGUAAUCUGGCUGAAUUUUCCUCGGGCUUUUGGCUCCCUCCUUCUCUGCUGCCGUCCUUGGAGCCCAUGGACCCGCAGAUACUGGAGUGAAGGAAGAGCUGGUAAGGAGAAUAUGUCAGGGAAGUGGAAGAUGAGCAAAGAGGAAGAAGAGGUACCUUAAGGUGAAUGGUCUCAAUUUUCUCAAUAAAGAGAUGAAGUACCGUUUUCAGUUGAGAAGUGGAAGGCUGGAAGAGAGAAGAGAAAGUCAGAAACAGCCAUUGUGGAGAGAGGACAAAGCAAAAAGCACAGCAAGAAUCAGAGGAUUGCCUUGCUAUGGCGCUGCUGGGGACACCGCUGGGAGCCUAGCCUUGGAGCUGUCCAGAGAGGAGCCCGCUUACCAUGAAGGAGCCAGAAUGCCGGAAUCUCAGAAGGGGACAAUGGCUCUGCUACAGACUGCAGAGGGACUCGAGCCUCAGGGUCUAGGCCCACUGUGGGCAGCCAUGAGCUAAAGCCCUGCAUCCCCCAAGUCUCCCUGGACUCUCCGGUCCUUUCUAGCUCUGAAGUGGCCGCGGCUGCGGGGGACAGAUGGCCCGGCUGGAAGCGGCCCCUGGCCUGCCCCUGCCCGGGAGUGUGGCGGGGGCCCCAGACGUGCUGGAGGAGUACGUGGAGCUUUGGUGGUCGCAGGAGCCCCGGCGAGCGGCCCUGUGCUUCUCUGUGGCCGUGGGGCUGGUGGCCGGUUGCGGGGCGGGCGGCGUGGCCCUGCUCUACUCCACCAGCAGCCGCUCUGGCGAGUGGCGGCUGGCCAUGGGCACCGUGCUCUGCCUGCUGGCCCUGAUGGUGCUGGUGAAGCAGCUCCUGGGCUCGGCCGUGCAGGACAUGAACUGCAUCCGGCAGCCCCAGCACGUGGCCCUGCUGCGCAGCGGGGGAGGAGCAGACAGCCUCGUGGUGCUGGUCAGCGGCCUGGUGCUACUGGUCAGCGGCCUUGUGCUGGUCAGCCUGGCGGCCUUCCCCGUCGCCGGCCCCGGCCCCAGCCCCAGCCCAGCCCGGCCCCUGGCCACCAUGCUGACUGCAGGCAUCAUCCUGGGUGUUGUGGGGGCCCUCCUGCUGCUGGGAGUGCUGCUGUACCAGGCGGGCAUCGGAGGCCGCUGUCUCCUGCCCACCACAGGCGCGGGCUCGGGCCGGGGCCGGGGACUGAGGGGCAGCAGCAUCUUCAGCAUCUCCGGACGGUUGCCCACCACCCCCAGCGUUGCCAACCUCCUCUGACCGAGCCCUGGCAGCAGCCAAAACCCUUAUGACUUUCAUGGUGCCCUCUGGGUCCAACUAGCGGCCUCUGCCCUCCACACUUCCCCCCAGGCGAGCUGUGCCAAGAACCACCUUCCUAAGCAUAGUUCUGACCUUCAUCACUCCCCAAACUAGUGACUUCCUGUUACCCUCAAGAUCAAACAUAAAAUCCCUUCAUAACCAUUCUUCUUCUUAUCCUUCCAGUCUCCUGAAGCCUUAUUUUCUUACACACAUCCUUUGCUCCAGGUACACUGGCCUCCUUGCUAUGACUUAACUACAACAUUCUCAUCUCUUUACUUCCAUGGUUCUCACUGUCUCCCAUGCCUGAAAUGCUCAUCCUCUUCGUCUCCAUCUCCUGGUUUCCGUCAACUCCCAAAUAAAAUCCUGCCUUCCACAAUACUAGAAUCUUUCUCCUGUGGAUGACCAGCAAUUUAUCCUAUCUGUAGCUCCUUUGCACAGUUGUUUGUGUUUUGUCUCUUCCUUUAGACUGUAAGCUCCUUGAGGGCAGGGACUGUUUUGUUGUUUUGUAUCCCCCUGUUCUUAGAAUAUAACCGAUAUUUAAUAAAUGCAAGUUUUAACUGAC